AUGAGUAGUACUAUAUUCUAUAAAUUCAAGUCGCAAAAUGGAUCCUCUAGAAUCCUAUUUGAUGGAACAGGUCUUACCGUCUUUGAUCUGAAGAGAGAAAUCAUUCAAAAUAACAAGUUGGGUGAUGGUACAGAUUUCCAAUUGAGAUUAUAUCACCCUGAUACAAACGAAGAGUAUGAAGAAGACCAAACUGUCAUCCCAAGAUCAACUAGCGUCAUUGUCAAAAGAUCACCAGCUAUAAAGUCAGUUAUUCGUGGUAAAUCGAUAGGUAAUGCCACAAGAUACAUCACUGGUAAACCAAGAGUGCACCAAAAUAAAAAAUUACAAUCGCUGGCAACAACACACACUACGAACACAGGUCUGAGUGAAGAGGAGAGAAUCGCAAGUAUGUUCGCAAAUCAAGAAAAUCAAUGGGAACAAGCUCAAGAUGAAAUGUCGACUGCAACCCCAGUUUUCUUCAAAAAUACGAAUAACAACACUUCCGCCGAUGACGGCCCCCCACCACCAGGUUACAUGUGUUACAGAUGUGGUGCAAGAGACCAUUGGAUCAAAAACUGUCCAACAAACAAUGAUCCUAAUUUCGAGGGCAAAAGAAUCAAGAGAACUACGGGUAUUCCUAAAAAGUUCUUAAAAUCUGUAGAGAUCGACCCAAAUAAUAUUACUCCAGAAGAGAUGGCACAAAGAAAGAUUAUGGUCACAGACGAUGGUAAGUUCGUGGUGCAAGUUGCUGAUGAGCACUCUUGGGAAGAUUAUCAAAGGAAACAACAAAAGAGACUAAUUGAUAACGACGAAGCCAUCUGGCAAAAAGAUCAUUUCACAAAUUUACCAGAUGAGCUGAAAUGCCCAUUAACAAAGGGACUAUUGAGAGACCCAGUAAAGACAACAAAUUGCUGUAAUAAAACAUUCUCAAAAGUAGCCAUCGAGAAUGCUCUACUAGAAUCAGACUUCAUUUGCCCGUCGUGUAACACCCAUGAUAUACUGCUAGAUUCAUUACAACAAGACACUGAAAAACAAAAACAAGUUCAACUCUUCCUGAAAGAAAACGACCAUCAACAGAAGAGACAAAAAUUGACCCCCACAACCAACACUGCUACAACAACAAACGUUCCGACAACUACUACCAACCAGCCAAUGCCCUUCCCAUUUCCAUUCCCAAUGUUCCCUCCAUUGCCAUUCAUACCUAAUAACAAGCCCUAA